AAUUGUCCGUGAGUAUCUGUCGUCAUGUUUAACUUAGAUGUAGGUGCGAACCAGAAGCGAGCAAAAUUCACCAUAGAGGAUGGUCUGGUCGAUACCCCAGAAGUCAGAAGCGGGGAAUGUGUUGGUGAUUGGACUGCAUAUUUGGAACCAGUGAACUUCGAAGAAUCGGUACCACCGAAGGUUAACUCGCCAUUUGUAGACGAGAGGGAUGUCGUUGGCUCGAACGAUACAGCCACCAAGUUCGAAGUGAUUACACCUUGAGAGAACAGGUUGUCGGUGACUAGAACAAAAUUUGGUCAGGGAUGGAACAAGAAUGACUAUUGGGGCACAUACCGGUAGGGACCGUGCUGCUAGUAUCAGGUGAAAGGGUGCCGGUGGUCAGAUCAACAGGACCAAUACUACAAUCAAAGGUUAGUAUAGAUCAGGCAAAUAAAUGCAGUCCGAAUUACCCAAGGAUACCAUCGACGCCAUUGAAACCCUGUGAUCGGGAGGCAACACCGAUAGAUUGACGUUGGAUUGUCAGACUACUACCAAGCGACACCGUGUCGGUGAACUCCGUUCCAGAGAAAGACCCUGAGCCGUAUGUUACAGACUGAGAUGGACGGUGAGUACUAGUUCGCAAAGUUCACCUGAGCACUUACAACACGGUCAUUUGUUUGGGUGGAAGUACCAGUGCGAACGUAUACCUUGCCAGCACCAACCCAGGUAUUCGAGCUACCGGUGUCGACCAAGAGCUCGUCUACACAUAUGUUAGGCAAGCAAAGAAACAGGGAACAAUGUACCCACAGGUGGUAGCUGGUGACCCAACGUCAACCUGAAGGCGUCGGUGAAUAAUCAGAUAAUGAAUCGCUUGAAAUGAGGGAAAUCAACAUACAUUGACUACAUAGCCAACAGCCUGGUUAGUCGCAGGGGUAGAGAUAACCGCAUCUUCGUUCAACUUCCCGCUGGUCUUGGCUUGAGCCAACCGCCGAAGUCCCUUCACGCGAGCCUGGUCGCGCUCCAACAGGGAAGCGGAGCCAGUGAAGUUGAAACGCUUUGC